UGCAACCAGGCUUUGCGCAGUUCUGUCAACGAAGCUUAAGUACCCCCGGCUUUUCUACUCUUCAUCUGCCUUCCUUUUAUGACGCAGUAGACCCAGUAGAUUUUGAAGGGUUCCUAAUGACGCGGCUGAACAACUUGGACUCAGAACUAGCGCAAGAACUUGGUGACUUUCCUGAAGAUGACUUGGACAUUGUCUUUACACCCAAAGAGUGCAGGACUUUGCAACCCUCUCUGCCAGAAGAUGGGGUUGAACUGGACUCGCAUGUCAGAGACUGUGUUCAGACGUAUAUCCGGGAGUGGCUGAUUGUGAAUCGAAAGAACCAAGGGAAUUCAGAUACUUGUAGCCUGAAAAACAAGGGAUCCCGAAAAGAUUUUCACAAGACGCUUCAAAAACAAACAUUUGAAUCGGAAACAUUGGAUUCCAGCGAUGCAAACUUUCAGGCAGGACCCCGACAUGUCUACGCGCUCCCCGAGGAGGCCUCGAGGACGACCCUCGCCUCCUCUGACUUCGACCUGCGCAGCCUGCAGCCGGACCCCCGCCUGGAAAACCUGCUGCGGCACGUCAGCGCUGAGGAGUUUGAGAGGCAGAACGAGGAGGCGCGGCGCACCAACAGGCACGCCGAGCUCCUCGCCCUCUACCCCUCCGUCGAUGAGGAAGAUGCAGUGGAGAUACGGCCGGUGCCAGAUCGCCCAAAGGAACAUCUGGGCAACAGGAUUUUGGUGAAGCUGCAGACUUUGAAGUUUGAUAUAGAGAUCGAACCUUUGUUCGCAUGCAUAGCUCUCUAUGAUAUAAAAGAAAGAAAAAAAAUCUCAGAAAAUUUUCAUUGUGACCUCAACCCUGAUUCAUUAAGAGGAUUCUUGCGUUCUCAUACACCCUCCAUUGACUUGUCUACUCAGGCAAGAUCGGCAGUAUUUUCUGUCACUUAUCCCUCAUCGGAUAUAUACUUAGUAAUAAAGAUAGAAAAAGUGCUUCAGCAAGGAGAAAUUGGAGACUGUGCAGAACCCUACAUGGUUCUUAAAGAAAGUGAGGCUGGCAAGACAAAAGAAAAGAUUGAAAAACUGAAAGUCCAAGCUGAAUCCUUUUGUCAGCGGUUGGGGAAAUACAGAAUGCCAUUCGCCUGGAUUCCCAUAAGCCUAACUAAUUUCUUCAACCUUUCAACACUUGAACGAGAAAUACCUGAGGCUGAAGGUUUAAAUGGUAGAUCCACUAGUGACAAGAGAGCAACACUGCUACAGGCGAGAAGACUUUCUGAGAGAAGUCUCAGCUCAGAGGACAGCUAUCCAAUAUCAAACUUCAAAACAAUCUCUCUGACCCUCAGCACCUUCUUUAAACAGGAAGGAGACAGGCUCAGUGAUGAAGAUCUGUUCAAAUUUUUAGCGGAUUUCAAAAGAUCGUCUUCCUUGCAGAGAAGAAUUAAGACUUUACCAGGAACACUUAAACUGGAGAUUUCCCCAGCUCCAGAAAACCUUGGUUAUUGUCUGACACCAGAAUUACUACCAGUCAAGCCAUUUCCAGAAAACCGUAAUCGUCCUCACAAAGAGAUUUUGGAAUUCCCAAUUAGAGAAGUGUAUGUUCCCCAUACCAUUUAUAGAAAUCUCCUCUAUGUUUACCCUCAGAGGCUGAAUUUUGCUAACCGACCGGCUUCUGCAAGAAACAUUACCAUCAAGAUCCAGUUUAUGUGUGGCGAAGACCCGUCCUGUGCAAUGCCGGUAAUUUUUGGGAAAUCUUCAGGUCCAGAAUUUGUGCAAGAAAUACACACAGCUAUCACAUAUCAUAAUAAGUCCCCUGACUUUUAUGAAGAAGUGAAAAUUAAGCUGCCAGCAAAACUCACAGAGAAGCACCAUCUAUUGUUCACGUUCUAUCACAUCAGCUGCCAGCCAAAGCAAGGAGCAUCUGUGGAAACCCUCCUCGGCUAUUCAUGGCUGCCAAUUCUGUUAAAUGAUCGUCUUCAAACUGGACAUUAUUGUCUUCCUGUUGCAUUGGAUAAGCUGCCUUUCCACUAUUCAAUUCACUCUCCUGAGAAAGUUCCAUCUCAGACACCACCGAUUAAGUGGGUUGAAGGACACAAGGGUGUUUUCAAUGUUGAAGUGCAAGCUGUUUCAUCUGUUCACACUCAGGAUAACCACUUGGAGAAGUUCUUCACUCUGUGCCAUUCUCUGGAAAGUCAAGUGACAUUCCCCAUUCGACUGAUGGACCAGAAGAUUACAGAGGCUACACUGGAACAUGAAUUGAAACUCAGCAUUAUCUGUUUGAAUUCUUCACGCCUUGAACCUCUUGUCUUGUUUUUACAUUUGGUACUAGAUAAACUUUUCCAGCUGGCUGUACAGCCCAUGGUCAUAGCUGGCCAGACAGCCAACUUCUCACAGUUUGCCUUUGAAUCUGUGGUUGCAAUAGUGAACAGUCUCCACAACAGCAAAGACCUGAGCAAAGACCAGCAUGGGAGGAACUGCCUCCUGGCAUCUUAUGUCUACUAUGUAUUUCGCCUGCCAGACCCUCAAAGAGAAGUAGUCAAAGCAGGUGCAGGCAGCAGUGCCGUUUUGACAGAGUCUCGUUAUUAUACAUUUGGACGCACUUCCGCAGUGUCUGUUGGGAGUAAACUCUUGCAGAGCCGAGUGAUAAGCUGCAGCAAUCCUGACAUCACUGUUACACAAACUGCUACUGAUGAGGAGGUCAAAAACAUCAUGUCAUCCAAGCCUAUGGAUCACAGCUCCAGCCGGAUGUCUUUCUAUGUUGAAGGAACAAAUGACAUGCCAAGUGUUUGUGCAAGUCCAAGACCAUCCAAUAAAAAGCAUUUCCAUGAGGAGCUGGCACUGCAGAUGGUGGUCAGCACGGGUAUGGUGAGAGAAUCUGUCUUCAAGUAUGCCUGGUUCUUCUUUGAGCUCCUGAUAAAGAGUAUGGCUCAGUAUGUUCACAACAUAGAGAAGCAAGACAACCCACGAAGAAGCCGGUUCUCCGAUCGCUUCAAAGAUGAUAUUACCACUAUAGUUAGUGUAGUUACUUCAGAGAUUGCUGCACUUUUAGUCAAACCACAAAAGGAAACUGAGCAAGCAGAAAAAAUUAAUAUCAGCCUGGCAUUUUUCUUGUAUGAUCUUCUUUCUUUAAUGGACCGAGGAUUUGUGUUUAAUCUCAUCAAACAUUACUGUAAUCAGCUCUCAAACAAGCUGAAUUCACUCUCCACCCUGAUUUCCAUGAGACUGGAGUUCCUGAGAAUUCUCUGCAGCCAUGAGCAUUACCUCAAUCUGAACCUCUUCUUCAUGACCUCCGCGUCUGCUCCAGCAUCCCCCUCCCCCUCCUUAUCCUCCCAGAACUCUAGCUCCUGCUCUAGUUUCCAGGACCAGAAAAUUGCUGGUAUGUUUGACCUCUCAGCCGAAUACCGUCAGCAGCACUUUCUGACCGGCCUACUUUUCACUGAAUUGGCAGCAGCGCUGGAUGCAGACAGUGAGGGGAUUAGCAAGGUGCAAAGAAAAGCUGUCAGUGCUAUCCUUAGCCUGCUGAGUUCCCAUGACCUAGACCCACGUUGCUCCAAAAAAGAGGUGAAGAUUAAAAUUGCAGCUCUCUACCUCCCUUUGGUUGGUAUCAUUUUGGAUUCACUGCCACAACUCCAUGAUUUUACAAUUUCAGAUGCCCGCAGCGGAAAGGGACGCACAGGAAACCCAGAAGAAGAACAAGAGUCUGCCGGUGCAAUCAAUCAAAACGUGGCCCUUGCCAUUGCAGGGAAUCAAUUCAACCUCAGGAGCUCCGGAAUAUCUCUGGUGUCCCUGCCCUACAGACAGAGUGCCACAUUAGGUCCUGAUACUACUCGCAACCUUUUGAUCUGUUUCCUCUGGAUCAUGAAAAACGCUGAUGAGAAUCUAAUACAGAAAUGGAUUUCAGACCUUCCAUCCAUGCAGUUGAACAGGAUUUUAGACCUCCUCUUCAUUUGUGUCUCAUGCUUUGAGUACAAGGGCAAACAAAGCUCAGAUAAAGUUAGCACUCAAGCACUCCAGAAGUCACGAGAUGUUAAGGCCCGAUUAGAAGAGGCUUUACUGAGAGGUGAAGGAGCCAGAGGAGAAAUGAUGAAGCGCUGCAGAAUACCAGCUGGGAAUGACAGAUCAGCGGGGCUAAAUGAAAACCUGCGCUGGAGAAAGGAGCAGACUCACUGGCGGCAGACAAAUGAGAGACAAGAUAAGACAAAAGCUGAGCUAGAUCAAGAAGCUCUGAUCAGUGGAAACCUGGCAACUGAAGCUAACCUGAUCAUUCUCGAUAUGCAAGAGAACAUCAUCCAGGCAAGCUUUGCGGCAGAGUGCAGAGACAAUCUCUUGGGAGGAGUUUUGAAGGUCCUGGUAAAUUCUCUUGGCUGUGAUCAGAGCACCACUUACCUGACUCAUUGCUUUGCUACGCUCAGAGCACUCAUUGCUAAGUUUGGAGAUUUCCUGUUUGAAGAGGAGGUCGAACAGUGUGCUGACCUGUGUCAAAGAGUUCUCCAUCACUGCAGCAGCAGCAUAGAUAUUACACGGACUCAAGCCUGUGCCACUCUUUAUCUCCUCAUGAGAUACAGCUUCAGCUCUACCAGUAAUUUUGCAAGAGUGAAGAUGCAGGUGACCAUGUCACUAGCCUCUCUGGUUGGCAAAUCACCUGAGUUUAACGAGGAAUUCCUUCGGCGAUCCUUACGAACCAUCCUAGCCUAUGCAGAGGAAGAUGUGGAUAUGCAGGCAACUCCAUUUCCUAUUCAGGUAGAGGAGCUGCUGUGUAAUCUGAACAGCAUCCUGUCAGAUACAGUGAAAAUGAGGGAAUUUCAGGAAGAUCCGGAGAUGCUCAUGGAUCUCAUGUACAGAAUUGCCAAAGGAUACCAGACAUCACCUGACUUGAGGCUGACUUGGCUGCAGAACAUGGCAGAGAAGCACACCAAGAGGAAGUGCUACACAGAAGCAGCCAUGUGUCUGGUCCAUGCUGCAGCACUGGUGGCAGAGUACCUCAGCAUGCUUGAAGAUCGCAACUAUCUCCCAGUGGGCAGUGUCAGCUUUCAGAACAUUUCGUCCAAUGUGCUGGAGGAAUCUGCUGUUUCGAAUGAUGUUUUGUCUCCAGAUGAAGAUGGUGUAUGUUCUGGGAGGUAUUUCUCAGAAAGUGGCCUGGUAGGGCUGCUGGAACAAGCAGCUGAGCUCUUCAGCACGGGGGGAUUGUAUGAAACUGUGAAUGAGGUGUACAAAAUUGUCAUCCCCAUACUGGAAGCACAUCGAGACUUCAGGAAGCUUACCUUGACACACAGCAAGCUACAGAAGGCCUUUGACAGCAUUAUUAAUAAGGGUCAAAAGCGAAUGUUUGGAACUUACUUCCGUGUUGGUUUCUAUGGAUCCAAAUUUGGGGACUUGGAUGAACAGGAAUUUGUUUAUAAGGAACCUGCAAUUACCAAACUUCCUGAGAUUUCUCACAGAUUAGAGGGAUUUUAUGGCCAGUGUUUUGGGGAGGAUGCUGUGGAAGUGAUUAAGGACUCCGCUCCUGUAGACAAAAGAAAGCUGGAUCCCAAUAAGGCAUACAUACAAAUUACUUUUGUGGAGCCGUAUUUUGAUGAGUAUGAGAUGAAAGACAGAGUAACCUAUUUUGAGAAGAACUUCAACCUCUGUCGGUUCAUGUACACUACGCCUUUCACCAUGGAUGGGCGCCCCAGAGGAGAGCUUAGCGAGCAAUACAAGAGGAACACCAUCCUAACCACAAUGCAUGCUUUCCCCUACAUCAAAACUAGAAUCAAUGUCAUCCAAAAAGAAGAGUUUAUUUUAACCCCAAUUGAAGUUGCUAUUGAAGAUAUGCGGAAAAAAACACAGGAACUAAGUGCAGCCACCAACCAAGAACCACCAGAUGCCAAAAUGCUCCAGAUGGUUUUGCAGGGCUCAGUUGGAGCCACUGUAAAUCAGGGACCACUAGAGGUAGCGCAAGUGUUCCUGGCUGAAAUUCCAGCAGACCCCAAACUUUAUCGACAUCACAACAAGCUGAGGUUGUGCUUCAAAGAGUUUAUAAUGAGGUGUGGUGAAGCAGUGGAGAAAAACAAGCGCCUUAUUACUGCUGACCAGCGGGAAUAUCAGCUAGAGCUUAGAAAGAACUACGGGAAGCUGAAGGAGAACCUUAGGCCCAUGAUUGAGAGGAAGAUCCCAGAGUUGUACAAACCUGUAGUGAAAGUCCAUAGCACAAGGGAAUCUUUUCGUAACCACAGUUUUAGGAAAUACGAUGCCCAGACUUCUUCACAAAGCACCUAAGGACUAGCUGCUUUGGC